CAACCCUCUCAUUUGUAACAGGUACCAAGAGCGAAAUCUCAAAAACUACUAUUUUACGGUUCUUACUUUCGCUCACAAGUUGUUCAAUAACUUGUUUAUAUUUCUUGCUGUGGCAUAUCCAUUUUUAUUGUUGCACAAUGCUUCUUUGAAGCGUUAGGAAAGUAUUUGAUGGUAUUGGAUGGAAAGGGCUUGUGUCGUAUAGCGGCGUGUUAAAGCCAUGUCACGAGCAAGAAACUUGACCUUCGCUUGCGUCGCUCUGUUCUUUUUUUAUUCCUCGAGUUCUGUUCAUGCUAAGAGCAAACACAAUUCCAAGAGUGUCUCGAAAGCAAAUCACAAAGAUCAGCCCAAGACUAUAAGCGAUCUCAAAGUAGGAGAUAUAAUAGAGGACGACAUUAUGGUUGACCACCGUUUUCUGAGAAGGCUUAAAGGGAGCCGGAAAAGAGGAUUUAUUCACGGCUUAGAAAAGUGGCCGAGAGUGAUGGAUGAGCACGGCAAAUCGUUCAUCAGAAUCCCUUAUGAGCUCAGGACUGGAUGGUUUUGGAGCGGACUAUCAAGCGGAGCAGUUAAUGCGUUAAAAAAUGCGAUCAAAAGGUUUAACGAAGAGACCUGCAUACGGUUUGUGCCGAAGAAGGACAGCGAUAACGAUUACCUUUACAUUUACCCGGGAACUGGAUGCUGGUCUCUUAUUGGUAAGCGUGGUGGAAAGCAGCCUCUAUCAGUUGGUGAAGGCUGCGGGUAUAAAGGUCACGUGAUGCAUGAGCUGAUGCAUGCCCUUGGCUUCCUGCACGAGCAGACUCGGAUGGACCGGGACGAGCACAUCACAGUGCACAAAGAUCGCAUCUUCCCGGAGCGUAUGCUUAACUUCAAAAAGUACCACCAAGAUACGAGCGGUUUGCCGUACGAUUUCCGUUCCUUGGUCCAUUACAGUAACUAUGACUCCAGCGCUUCAGGACAACCGACAAUGGAAGCACUUACUGAUCCCUAUAUGAAACUCGGCAGAAAAAACGACUUCUCCCCGGGCGAUAUUGUGAAGAUAAAUAUGCUGUACAACUGUCCACAACUCUCUAAUGAUCUGGUUGAUUACAAUGUUCGUGUGGUAACCGCUAACGUCUGGACCGCGGGCACAAACGCUAACGUGGAAAUGGACAUUAUUGGUGAGAAUGGAGCGGAAACUGGAGAGAAGAGACUCGAAACUGGCGGUAGUCAUGACGAUUUUGAACGGGGAAGUGAUAAAACGCUGUCAUUCGCCGCGCCUUACGUAGGAAAAAUAAAGUCGAUAAAGAUCAGACUUUACCAUACAUCUGGAUGGUUCAACGGAUGGAAACCAGUUAAGUUUGUGGUCGAAGAUCCGAAAACACAUGAUUUAUCGACGUUCAUGUUCAACAAAUGGAUUUACCCUGGGGAACACGAGGCCUUAAAAGUAACGACGGUAGAGCACAAGGGGAAAUGAGGAGACGAACACAAGGCCUUAAAAGUAACGUCGGUAGAGCAAAAGAGGAAAUGAGGAGACGAACACAAGGCCUUAAAAGUAGCGUUGGUAGGGCACAAGGGGAUAUGAAGAGACGAACUUGCCCAUAGCUGAAUAGCAAAUACACUUGUUUUCAAAGGAUGCCAAUAACUUGAGCUCAGGGCUCUGUUGCAUUUAGCAUUUAGAUGUUUAAAAUUUGGCUCCGCAAAAUCAAAAUCGUUUUUAAUAUUCGGCGUCCUUUUGCUUAUUUUGCGGUAUUAGGCUUUAAUCUUGUUACUUGGAGGCUAGUAACAACAAUACUCACUCCCACUUUCUAACGAUAUUUUGCAAUUUUGUUGAUGCAAUAAAAGACGACGUCUAGCCAUCCGAGGGCAUGGGUUGGGUAGUGCGAAAGACAGAGAAAACAACUUAGUCAAGCACCUGGAAAUUUCCUCUCGUGUCAAAAGUUUAUAACAGAGAAAAUAGAGUAAUAGCACAAUCAAUAAACUUACAACUAGUGCUGUAAAAGAUGAAAUCAAACCGUCUCGAUGGAAGAUAUCGUGACGAUUCCAUGUGGACUGAUGGGAGGGAAAUAUCGGAUGCUGUGAAAGCCUUUAGAAAGAGGUGUUUACGUGAACAGAAUCACGUGGCUCCAUCGGUAAUGACGCGCAAACGAUGUCAACACUCGGAAAUCAUUUAACAAAAUAUCAGUUUUUUCAAUUGUAUAUGGAACUCUCAGCUUUGAGAACUGUUAUUCAGUCAUUAAGAGGCUUUCACUUUUACUUCUUUAUUUAUGUUAAAUGUGUUGAUAAUCAAAAAUCUACAAUUUUGCUAGAAACAUAUACAAAUAUGUUGUAUAACUGUUAAAAAAAGCCAUUACUGCUUGAGAUUGCAUCGAAGUAAUAUCAUUUUCUUUGCGCUCACUCUUUUGCAGCUUUAAUUAUGCGGAUGUAUCUUUUUCCUUUAGAGCGCGAACAGUAAUUAAUCAAACUAUUCUAUUUAAUGCUUUCCUGUAGGUAAUGAGUUCCAAUAAUGCCUUAAGAGUUUCAGAAAAUUUAUUAUCCCAACACUUCAUGGGAAGUUGAUAACAACUUUAAAAAAUAAUAAUUAUCUUGCGUGAAUAGAAAAAUAAGCGAAAAACGAAACAAUGAACGGGGCUUUUUAAUAGUAAUCAAAGUGUUCGAAUAAUAAAUAUUGUAAAAUUC